CACACACAUCACUAUAAAUACUUACUUCCCAUUUCCUCUCUGUUCCUCAUCAUCAAACCGUUUCUUUUCUUGUCUACAUUUUACAGUAUGCACACAAAUAUUGGAUCUCUUGACACCUCGAACCCCACUUUCAGUGACAUGUGCUCAUCAUCAAUCAUCAGCUCACCUGACUCCACUCUCGCCCGUCACUUAGCUCGUCGUCUUGUUCAAAUUGGUGUCACUGAUGUUUUUUCCGUUCCUGGUGACUUUAACCUUACGCUUCUUGAUCAUUUAACAGCUGAGCCUGGACUCAACCUUGUUAGGUGCUGUAACGAGCUCAAUGCCGGAUAUGCUGCCGAUGGUUAUGCGCGAUCUCGUGGAGUUGGUGCUUGUGUUGUUACGUUCACUGUUGGCGGUUUAAGUGUUUUGAAUGCUAUCGCCGGUGCUUAUGGUGAAAACUUACCUGUUAUUUGUAUUGUCGGUGGCCCUAACUCUAAUGAUUAUAAUAAGAGUUUGCAUCAUGCCAUUGGUUUGCCUGAUUUUAGUCAGGAGUUGAGGUGUUUUCACUCUUUUCAGCCUCUUACUUGCUUUCAGGCAGUGGUGAACAAUUUGGAAGAUGCGCAUGAUCUGAUUGAUACUGCAAUAACAACUGCUUUGAGAGAAAGCAAGCCUGCUUAUAUUAGUGUUAGCUGUAACUUGCCUGCUAUUCCUCAUCCUACUUUUGGCCGAGAGCCGGUUCCGUUUUCGCUCUCUCCCAGAUUCAGCAAUGAAACGGGUUUGGAGGCUGCAGUAAAAGCAGCAGCAGAGUUUUUGAACAAAGCAGCGAAACCAGUGUUGGUUGCUGGGCCGAAACUGCGGGUUGCAAAAGCAUGUGAAGCUUUUUCUGAGUUAGCUGAUGCUUGUGGCUACGCUUGGGCCGUGAUGCCGUCAGCUAAAGGACUCGUGCCGGAGCACCAUCCUCAUUUCAUUGGAACUUACAGGGGUGCCAUGAGCACUGCUUUCUGUGCUGAAAUUGUGGAAUCUUCCGAUGCUUACUUGUUUGCCGGACCUAUUUUCAAUGACUAUAGCUCUGCUGGAUAUUCUCUCCUUCUUAAAAGAGAGAAGGCCAUCAUUGUUCAGCCUGAUCGAGUGGUGAUUGCCUACGGCCCUGCAUUUGGAUGUGUUCUGAUGAAGGAUUUUCUUAAGGCUCUUGCGAAAAGGCUCAAGCCGAAUAAUACUGCUCAUGAGAAUUAUCGUAGCAUUUAUGUUCCUGAAGGCCAGCCUUUGAAAAGUGAACCUAAAGAACCAUUGAGAGUCAAUGUUCUGUUCCAGCAUGUACAGAAAAUGCUGUCUAGUGAAACUGCUGUCAUUGCUGAGACCGAAGACUCAUGGUUUAACUGCCAGAAGCUCAAAUUGCCUAGGGGAUGCGGAUAUGAGUUCCAAAUGCAGCAUGGAUUAAUUGGUUGGUCAGUCGGGGCAACUCUUGGCUACGCUCGAGCUGUGCCAGAGAAACGCGUGAUCGCCUGUAUUGGUGAUGGUAGCUUUCAGGUGACUGCACAAGAUGUGUCGACAAUGCUGCAAUGUGGGCAGAAAACGAUCAUCUUCUUGAUAAACAAUGGGGGAUACACCAUCGAAUUCGAGAAUCACGAUGGUCCUUACAAUGUGAUCAAGAACUGGAACUACACCGGCUUGGUUGAUGCUAUCCACAAUGGUGAAGGCAAAUGCUGGACAACCAAGGUUCGAUUCGAGGAAGAGCUAAUCGAAGCAAUUGAGAAUGCGACAGAGUCGAAGAAAGAUUGUUUGUGCUUCAUUGAAGUUGUAGUUCAUAAGGAUGAUACCAGCAAAGAACUGUUGGAAUGAGGCUCCAGAGUCUCCGCUGCCAAUAGCGGCCCGCCGAAUCCUCAGUAGACUGCAUAUCUAAAACUGUUUCCAGUAGGUUGAAGUCAUUUUGAGUUUGUGAUCUUUGUACCAAUUUGCCUAAAAAAGAAAAUGAAAGUUGUUGUAAUCACUAAGUUUUAAAAUUAGUUUUGUAUUUAUAAAUUAAGAUAAAGUUCGUGUAUUAAUUUGUAAUAAAAACAAAUUUUAGAAUAAAAAAGUUAAAAUACUAA